AUGUCUGAUAUCGAAGAGUUCGCGGAGGAAAUCGAUUACCUCCUAGACGCUAUAUCAAAGGCUUUGACAACCGAAGUCUCGAAAUUACGCGGUGUAGAGCGACUGGACAAAUGCUCCAAUCUUAAGAAUCGAUUGACCAGAGCACGUCAAGCCCACCGCUCGAUUCUUAUUGAGAUUCGAGACCUGCCUGCCGAAUCAGCAGCGAAAUGGAAUGAGAGGGCUACUGAAUACGGGACAAAAAUGACGAAACUGCAGCAGGAUAUCGAUUGGGCCGAAAAGGCGACUGAUUCAGAGUCGAUUCCUAAACCGAAAAAUGUGGAUCAAAUGACUGCGAAGGAAGUUACGACCCAGGCUCUUGCAACACAAGAAGAGUCGCUUGCUGCUACAAGCCGUACCAAGGCUAUUGUUGAGCAGACUAUUCAGAUGGGAGGCAACAUCACCGAAGAGCUCAAGAAGCAGACUGAGCAGAUUGAAAACAUUGAUGCUGACGUGGAUCAAGUCGAGAACAAUCUCAAGAGGGCUGACAAGCAAUUACGUGUUCUGAUUCGACGGAUGGCUACCGACAAGAUCUUCCUACUAAUGAUCUUGCUGGUCGUAGUUGGAAUCCUACUGGCUAUUGCAUCGGUCGUGCUGAAAAAGUAUACUGGUAUUGGUUCGGGUGCCUCAGCAGCAGCAUCUCCAACGGCAUAA